UGGGAUUUUCCCUCCAGUUUUCCAUUUGCCGACGAUUUUUCCGUUAAAGUGAACGAAAUAUUGAUGCAAAACGCGAUGCCUUUCUCAAAUUCAUGUCGAAUGGUGAGAAUUUCGUGAAUUCCCACCAUUGAUUUCUCGGUUUCUCUUGAUUUGGGUUUGUUCUCGGCUGUUGAGUCUGAUCAAAGUGGGAGAUGAAGACCAUCAAGCCCUUGCCUGAACAUGUUCGUCAUUCCGUUCGCUCCGGCGUCAUCAUGUUCGACAUGACGAAGGUUGUGGAGGAACUUGUCUUCAACAGCCUCGACGCUGGUGCGACGAAGAUAUCAAUAUUCGUAGGCGUUGUCACCUGCUGUGUAAAAGUUGUCGAUGAUGGAUCAGGGAUUUGUCGAGAUGAUUUGGUUUUGUUGGGGGAAAGAUAUGCUACAUCAAAGUUUCAGGAUUUCACUGACUUGGGGUCCGCAAGCGAAAGUAUUGGCUUCCGGGGAGAGGCCCUAGCUUCAAUUUCAGAUAUCUCAUUGAUGGAAAUCACGACGAAAGCUAUUGGGAAGCCUAAUGGUUAUCGAAAGGUUAUGAAGGGAUCCAAGUGCCUGUAUCUAGGAAUAGAUGAUGAAAGAAAAGACUGUGGCACAACAGUAAUUGUCCGAGAUCUUUUUUACAAUCAGCCAGUCAGACGGAAGUAUAUGAGUUCCAGCCACAAGAAGGUAUUGGACUUUAUCAAGAAGUGUGUGCUCCGGAUUGCCCUUGUGCACUCUGAUGUUUCCUUUAGCGUUCUUGAUAUUGAAAGUGAUGAAGAGAUUUUCCAAGCAAGUCCUUCUUCUUCAGCUUUGUCACUGUUGAUGAGAGGUUGUGGAACCGAGGCUUCAAAUUCUUUUCGUAAAGUAUAUGGUAGUGAUGGAAUGAUGAAUAUCUCUGGGUAUAUAUCAGUUCCUGGAGAGAGCUUUGCGAUGAAGGCCUUUCAGUGUGUCUAUAUUAACUUGAGAUUCGUGAGCAAAGGCCCCAUACAUAAACUGCUGAAUCAUUUGGCUGCUAGUUUGGAAUGCUCGGAUCCCUGGAAGUUUAGAGAUGGGCUUCAAACAGGAAAGCGUAACCGGUCUCAGUCUAAUCCAGCUUACAUUUUGUGCAUAACAUGCCCGGGUCAUCUCUAUGAUUUCUCAUUUGAACCAUCAAAGACAUACAUUGAGUUCAAGAAUUGGGAACCUGUACUUGCCUUCAUUGAGAAAGUCAUCCUUGCCCUCUGGAAGAAAGAUACAAGCCUCGAAUUUGUUGAUGAGGGAGCUGAUCUGCCAGCAAAAGGUAAAAGGCAUAAAGUAGCUGAUGAGAUCAUUGUUCCAAAGGAAGAUUGUCCAGGAAUUGUAGAACCAACAAGAAAGAAAUUCAAGAGAAAUAAUAACCAGAUGUCUUCCAACAUUCUGCUUCCCCAUUUUCAUAACGUAAAUAGAGAUGAUGACUCUAUGUCUUCAGGAAAUGAUGCAUGGUGGUCUCCACAUUUUGAGUUUGAAAAUAAAAGUGGGCACCUUAAUGAGCAAACUACUGGAGGUGAAUUUGAUCACCAGACUGACACUCAUCUAAGAUCAUUGGCCAUGGAGAUGGGAAAGAGGGGAGACCUUCCACAAGUUCUCGAUGCAAAUGACUUCAUGGAGGCAAGCUUUGCUGCUGUCAUGAGGUCCAGGAAACACUCGUCAGAAAGAUUCGAAAAUUCCUCCCACAUUGACUAUGCUUUUAGGAAAGUCUCUGAAGGAUUAAGUUUGGAAUUUGGAAACUUCAAUAAUGGAUUAGAUAUUAACAAUUGUACCGGAAAAAAUCUCCUGCGUGGUUGCUCCUCAAGAGGCAACCUAACUCUUCAUGAGCCUACAUUAGCUCAUGAUCCUGUGAUCCGUAAUGAUAAAGGAAAUGAAUGGUUGGCUCCCGUCAUAGAGACCAAACAAGAUGGUUUUUGGUGUGAUGCUUUCUCUGAUGCUUUUGGAUUUUGCCAAAGGUCAACAACUUCUGAUUGUGCUCUAGGGGAUUUAGGACAGGGUGAUGGCUUGUUUACUCCACAGGGCUUUCAAUACAGUAAAAGCAUUGGAAUAGGAGAAGAUUCUAACAAUCUUCCUAAAGAUGCUGAAGAGUUUCAUCGUCGUGAAGACACAUCUGUCAGGAAGAAAUAUGCUUCAGUUGCCCAGGUGGGGAACUCGAGUGUUAAACACUGCUGUUUUGGUUCUGAAUUGUCUCAUUUGCCCUUUGAUCCACCUUCUGAAAUCAUGUGGGAUUGUGAUGAUCACAAUCGUUGUGAAAUGCUUGAAGGGAGGUUGAGAUUGCAAAGGAAGCCAGAAUCUGGGAAAUUUUUCAGAGAAGAUGAUCAUAUCAAUUUUAUUGAUGAUAUUGUGCCUCAGAUGUAUUGCCAAGAAACUAGUGCAACUGUGUUCAAAAAUUCUUUAAUAGAUGUUGAGAAUUACACCCAUCCGGAUGAGAACUUUAGUGUAUCAUUUUGGAGGCAUACAAAUAAUUUGGGGAUUGAACAGGAUAAUAUCAGGAAGAACAAGUUCAGUCAACGCGGUGGCACAGAGAAUAAUGUCUGUAAACGAAGUUCAAGAAGAAGCCACUCUGCUCCUCCUUUUUAUCGAUGUAAGAAGAGAUUUGUCAGCUUAAGUUGUUCAGAGAUAAAAUCAAAAAACUCUGACCCAUCUUGCUCUUACCAUGUGUCUUCUUUCAAAGAACUCGAUGAUCUGUAUUGUCAGACCCGAUCUUCUGGUGCUUCUCAUAGACAUCCUGGGGGCAGCAUUCUAAAUGAUGUAUUAUAUCACCGCAGACAAGAUACAGAAAAAAGACUGAGUUCUGCCUCGGACUUAGACGCGUCUAAUGGUUGCAGGACUGUGCCUUCAGAGCCCAAAAAGGUUAAUGGAAUUAGAGACUUCAUCUCUGAGGAGAGUCUGGAUCCAGUGGAGCCCAUAACGAAAUGGCGCCAUAAGCAUCCAGUGACUAAGGUUUCCAACGGAUAUCAUGAGUUCCAGGAUAUAGACAGUGUACUUGAUAUAUCUUCUGGAUUAUUACACCGUCUGGGGGAUGAAUCCUUGGUCCCUGAGUCUAUGAAUAGAGAUUCGCUUGAAGAUGCUAAGGUUCUGCAACAGGUUGAUAAGAAAUUCAUUCCAGUUGUUGCCAGUGGAAUGCUUGCCAUCAUUGAUCAGCAUGCUGCUGAUGAAAGAAUUCGCUUGGAGGAACUUCGUGAAAAGGUUCUGGCUGGGGAAGCGAGGACGGUGACCCACUUGGAUGCCGAACAAGAGCUGGCACUGCCCGAGAUGGGAUAUCAGUUGCUCCAAAGUUAUUCAGAGCAGAUAAGAAACUGGGGCUGGAUCUGCAAUAUUAAUGCGCAAGGCACAACGUCCUUCAAGAAGGACAUGAGCAUUAUCCGACGUCAACAAAAUCAAAUCACGCUUCAGGCAGUUCCGUGCAUUUUGGGUGUAAAUCUAUCAGAAGAUGAUCUAUCAGAGUUUCUUCAGCAGCUUGCAGAUACCGACGGAUCAUCGACAAUUCCUCCCUCUGUUCUUCGAGUCCUUAAUUCUAAAGCCUGCAGAGGUGCAAUUAUGUUCGGAGAUUCUCUGUUGCCCUCUGAAUGCUCUUUAAUCGUGGAAGAGCUGAAGCAGACCUCACUCUGUUUCCAGUGUGCACAUGGUCGACCCACGACAGUUCCCUUAGUCAAUUUGAAGGCACUUCACAAACAGGUGGCAAAGCUCAGUCCCAACCAGGCGUGGCACGGUUUGCAGCGUGAAGUCAUCGCUCUUGGUCGAGCCAAAGCCCGUUUAAACGCUUCCAGAAGUUAACAUGACUGGCCAUUCACUGCACAGCUGCUUUCGAUUUUGUUGUACACUUAGCCAUAUUUCACUUUAGAGUUGUUCUUUGUUGAAUUCUGUAGAUAUCAUACGUAGUCAUAUGUCCAUAAAAGAACAAUGUUUAGUACAUUUUCUUCAGUAACGAAGGCGGAUUCUGCUAA